GAAGGCCUGCGAGUCGUAUUUGACAUGGCGGAGCAAUGAUGUCGGCUGUGGUAUACGUGUGGCUAUUUCUUACCAUUUCUUCGGGUUUCGCCCGCAAACUUGGCCCACCUGAGGAUGCUAACCUGACCGCAUUUGCUGAUCAAGAACCAUCAGAGUAUAGGUGUGCAUGUCUGCCGAAAGAUGACCACCAGUGUGAUCAGUUGGGGCACUGUAUCACAUUUAAAGGUGCAGGGUGCUUUACAAGUAGAAAGCAGAGAGAGGGGGUUGUGAUUCUAUCGCAAGGAUGUGCGCGGAACGACGAGAACCAGAACAUGAACUGCCAGGGUCGGCGUCGUCAGGGCUGGGAUGUGGAGGGUGUUAUUGCUAUGGCAUGCUGUGUCGGUGACCUCUGCAACUCCCCGAUACCCACAUUCUCCUCACACGAGUUCAAGGGAAAUGAUCCAGUAGUGAACAAGGAAGAUGAAACGAGUUUCCAUUUUGAACUGUUCCUGGCGAUCGGGGUGCCCAUUGUCAUCCUCAUCGUGGCCUUGCUGGGUGUCUGGCUUUUCUUCAAACAUAUCCGAAAGCGACGCCGGGAGAUCCACGAAAACCUGCGUGUCAGACAGGAACUUCUGCACGAGGAAUAUGGAGGCAUUCGAGCAACCCAAGUCGGAGAUAGUACCCUUAAAGAGGUGUACGAUCAGUCUUGUACGUCGGGAAGUGGUUCCGGUCUGCCGUUCCUGGUCCAGCUGACAGUGGCGCGACAAGUAACUUUGGUGGAAUGCAUAGGAAAGGGAAGAUAUGGAGAAGUCUGGAGGGGGCGUUACCAUGAUGAAAAUGUAGCAGUGAAGAUAUUUCUGUCACGGGACGAAGCAAGUUGGUCCAGGGAAACGGAAAUAUAUAACACCUGCUUGUUGCGGCAUGAUAACAUCCUGGGAUAUUACGCAUCGGACAUGACCAGUCGUAACUCGUGCACACAGCUUUGGUUGAUCAUGCACUACCACGAACAUGGCUCGUUGUACGACUAUCUUCAGCGUACAAUCCUAGACCAUGAUUCCAUGCUGCUGUUGAUGCAUUCGGCAUCCGCUGGACUUGUGCACCUCCACACAGAGAUCAUCGGUAACCAGGGGAAACCUGCUAUUGCUCACCGGGACAUCAAAUCCAAAAACAUUCUCGUUAAAAGUGAUGGGACAUGUUGUAUCGGUGACCUCGGACUCGCGGUGACACAUUCACAGGAAAACAACAAGAUAGACUUAGGGCGAAAUAAUAAAGUAGGCACAAAGCGUUACAUGGCACCGGAGUUGUUGGAGGAGACGUUAAAUCCAUACUUCUUCGACUCAUUUAAAGCGGUGGAUGUGUACGCCUUCGGUUUAGUAAUGUGGGAGGUAGCUCGGCGCUGCACAAUUGGAGGUAUAACAGAAGAAUACAAACCCCCUUUUUGGGAUGUGGUCCCUUCAGAUCCAUCAUUUGAGGAUAUGAGGAAAGUGGUUGCCGUGGAUACACAGAGGCCAAUGGUACCGAACAGAUGGACAUUGGAUCCGGUUAUGUUACAGCUCUCCAGACUUAUUCAGGAGUGCUGGGCACAGAAUCCCAAGGCCCGACAUCCCUCACUUCGUGUGAAAAAAUCGCUUGCUAAUCUAAUGUACAGACCCAAAAAGAAACUUUUACAGAAGAUAGAGGACUGUAAAGAGUGCAAUAACUGCUGACAUCACUCAUGAUGUCACCAUUGUAUGUGCACUUAUAAUAUUACAUCAUCAAUUCAUGUGGUGUAUAUUCAGUGAUGUGAACAGCAGCUGCAUUGUGUGUACAUAAACAAUUACAUCAUCAGUUUGUGUGAAGCAACAACAGCCUGGCUGAUGUCAGUGCUACAUCAUGACAGAAUAAUUUCUUCAGAGAAGAUUGUCAUUUUGUUGUGGACAAGUUCAGUGGAAAUAUCAGAAAUCUUUAGCUGAUAAGAAUUUAACACGUUCUGUUGCUAGCACAUAAUGCACAAAGUACUGUUGAGAAAGGAACGUCAAGUUUGAUGACAUCGUCGUCUCGAGAUCAUCAUUUCUUGUGUUUAGAAUAGCAACAUAAUCAUGACAUCAUCAGAUUUCAUACACAAUCUGUGACAUCAUCAGAUCUUGUGUUCAGGACCAGGACAAGAUCAGUGACAUCAUCAAAUGAUGUGUUCAGUAACCGGAACAAGGGAAGCAUUAUCUUCAGACGAAGAACUUUUGUUCACGAUUUUAAUAUCUUGAACAAAAUUGAUGAAAGAUUACUUGCUUGAACAAAGCUGAAGAAAGAAACUUGAGUAAGAAUCAACAAUUUGGAGUUCGAUUAGUAGAUGGCUUAUCAGAAUCAGUGAUUUUAAGAUGGUAAAGAGUUGGUAACAAAAUUUAGGGAUGUGGUAUGAGAAUCAAUGAUUCGGAUAUAGAGAAAUGGAUGACAUCAGAAUCAGCGAUUUAAAGAUGGUAACAUGUUGGUAUCAAAAUUUGUGACUUGGAGAUAUGGUAUCAGAAUCAGCAACUGAUGAACUGAAAAAGAAAGGUAACAAAACCAACGAUAUGAAGAGAAAAAAGUGGGGGUAUCACAGGUGUUAUCAGGAUUUCUCACAUGAUCUAGCUGUUGGAGGAAGUCUUGAUCGAUGUGUUGAAGACUAAUAGGUCAUUCUGCCCAUGUAUAGCACUCCUCACCUGCUACAGAUAUUGCCAAACGUUAUUUUUUUUACUCAAUAUUAAUGAAAUCAUGUCAGUUGUGUAUUCAGUGAAUGAUGAGGCAUGUUUUCAGUCCUGAAUUUUUUUGGUCAUUGUUCUAUAUAUUGUGUAUUUAUAAAAUUGAAACCUCUGAUUACUUACAAUGAAUGACAUAAACUCCAUUAAGAAUGCCUAUUUCAUAUUUAAUAUGUUAGACACUUUUUUUUUCUCUAUGAUUUUCAUAUUGCAUUCAUAUGAAUAAAUGCACCGCCUCUUACACACAUGUACACAUAAAGUACACACUUGGGAGUACGUCCUUAAAUGACCUUAGUUGUUAAUAGGACAAAAUAAAACUGAAAUCAAUUUUAAAAAACCCACACAAGUGAAAAAAAUUAAUGCACACCAUUUUUCUUAUUAUAAAAAAUAAAAAUGAAAAAAUAAAAAUAAAUUGUGUUCUGCAAAUAUAAACUUUCCUACCAACCAAACAAACAAAUCUUGGUUUACUCAUUUACCCCUGAAAACACAUCUGAACUCUUCCAGUUCAAAGGUUUGAAUAGUUCAUUUUGAAAUUUCGGGGGUAAAUGAGUUAAUUUUACACCUGCACUUAUCCAAUACAAGAUUCUUUGUCUAGUGUAACGGUAGUGGAUUGUUUCUUUAUUUAUAUAUUUUCGUGUCAUUAUAUCCUUAUUUUCUGCGAAUUGAGAGACCCAGAGUAUCAUUAGUGUCUAAUACAUUUGCUAUCACAAUUGUCAUUGAAGCUUGUCAUUGUCUUCUUGUCUUUCUGUGAAAAAGUCAAAAUUUACAUUUAUACUAAGUAACAUAAAAACAGUGGAUUCUGUUAAGAUUUUGGUGUCGUAUUGUUAUGUUGUGAGUUGUGAUAUUUUUUUUUUUAUCUAUAGAAAAAUAGUAUUUCUUAGUUCUCAGUUUUCUUAGUCAAAUUAAUCUAUUGCCUCAUACAAGGUUAAUCAUAAUUAUGCCCCGUCAUUCUUCAUAUCCUUCAAAUGGUUGAGUUUAAACAAACCUUGUACAUGUUCAGCUGUAAACUAUUUAUGGCAGUUUCCCCUUUGUCAAUUUAUGGAGCCAGUUUAAUUAUUAACAAGUUUAAUUGUUCGUUUCUGAGUCAGUUAAACCUAAAGCCUUGUACAAGUUUAAUUAUUCGUUCGUUUCUGAGUCAGUUAAACCUUUAGCCUUGUACAAGUUUAAUUGUUCGUUCGUUUCCGAGUCAGUUUUAACCUAUAGCCUUGUACAAGUUUAAUUAUUUGUUUCGGAGUCAGUUUAACCUAUAGCCUUGUACAAGUUUAACUAUUUGUUUCCGAGUCAGUUUAACCUAUAGCCUUGUACAAGUUUAAUGGUUCAUUGCCAAGUCAGUUUAAACUAUAGCCUUGUACAAGGUUAAUGGUUCAUUGCCAAGUCAGUUUAACCUAUAGCCUUGUACAAGUUUAAUGGUUCAUUUCCAAGUCAGUUUAACCUAUGGCCUUGUACAAGUUUAAUCAUAGUUAUGUCCCAUUAUUCACCAUAUCCUCCGACUUGUUGAGUUUAAUUGUUCAUUCCUGUGUCAGUUUAACCUACCUUUGUACUUGUUCAACCGUAAAAUCUGUCCACCCCUUCAUAAAGUCCUCUGAGUUGUUCAGUAUAAUUGUACAUAACAUGAAAAACAAGAGAAUCAUGUUUCGUAGGCAGCUUAAUUGAAUCUUCUAAAAUACGUUCAUCACUUUAUCAUCAAGUCACCUGGUCAAACCAGACAUACAACACACUAUCUAGCAUAUAAACAUUGACGUAACAUCCUGAUAACUUUCAACAAGAAAUAUUAUCACGACAUGAUACCGUACUUAUCCAGUAAUAAGCCCAUGCUUGGUAAUUCCGUCUUUGCGUAUUGCAGAGUUAUCUUCUCUUGGGAGCAGGUAUUGAUU